AUGACAUACAACAACCUGUGCUAGUCCCAUACAGGAAGCGAGUCGUCGUCCAACAGCAGGAAGGAGAUGCUUCCCAAACCCAUCACCAUAGUGACGAGCGAGUCGUCCUCUACCUGCUUCGUGCGGCCGGAGGAGUUUAGUUUUGGAACCAGCCAUGCAGUCACCACUCAAACACCUGCUCAGAUCCACACCAGGCCGGGACAGCUCUCGCAAAUGACGGCUGUGUUGAAUCCCCCAGCACCCCCGCCCCCGCCUCCUGCUCCGCCUACUCCUCCUGUGGGUCCCCCGGCCUCGUCUCCUCUGUCACCCCUCUCUCCCACCAUUUCCCUGCUGGAGGAGGGAGAUCUGCGCAGCCUAGAUCCCUGCAAGGACCUGUGGGGUUCCCGUGGUUAUGGGGACUACCGAGAGGCGGGGGACACCAGGACUAAGGUAGGGGGGCUGACCGGGGGCGUGGUUGUCGGCAGCGGAGGGAGUCUGCAGGACAAGUCGGAGCUGUGCGUGGUUCGCUUCGAGAAGGAGCUGGCUGGAGUGGGGACGGCAGGCUGCGACGUGACGGUAAGCCUGGACAGUAAGGCUUCCCAGCGUCUGUCCUCAUCGUCGCCCACCUGCAUGUCCAUGCCCAACGCUGUGUCAGGCGUGUCCUCAGGUGCCGGUUCACCCCAGGAGACAGGCAAAAGCUCACCCUCUCCCUGCUGCAUACACACUUCGCUGGCCACGCCCCGAUCGCGGACUCGUAAGAGAGGAGGAGGGGCCAGCAGCAGCGGCGACCCGGGGGUAAUCUCCCCCGACGAUGACAGCCCGUGUCCUCAGGCCUCGUCGUCGUGCUCCUCUCGGUGUGUGUACUGCCGCUCGGUUUUCAGUGUUUCGGAGAAUGGGCGGGGCCGCUGCAGAGAUGCUCCGGACCCGGCCCUGCACUGCCUGCGCCAGUGGACUUGUGUGUGGUGCGCAGAGAGUCUGCUCUACCACUGCAUGUCAGACUCUGAGGGAGAGUUCUGGGAGCCUUGCUCGUGUGAAGACUCGAUGGGGGGCCACCCGCACCCCCUUUGCUGUGCCCGCUGGUUGGCCCUCCUGGCCCUGUCGCUCUUCGUGCCCUGCAUGUGCUGCUACUUGCCUUUGCGCGCCUGCCUGCGGUGUGGGGAAAGGUGUGGCUGCUGUGGGGGAAAGCACAAGGCUGUCCGAUGA